AUGAAGAAUAUAGCCAUAUUACUAAUAUUGUUAUUAGGUCUUUGUUGCUGUCUUGUCGUCUCUGAGCGUUGCGGUCAAGUUAAUUGCCAAGCUGAUCAGGUAUGCUGUGGUCAAGAACUUGGACUGCCACCUCGUUGCUUCGAUAAGUGCAGGUUCAGGAAUUGCCCAUCUGACACAGUAUGCCGCGUGACGAAUGGACAAGCACAAUGCUAUCCAAUAUCGACCGCCUCGACCACGGUCACAACAACAGCCACAACCACCAAUCACCAGAGCAGUACGGUUGCCACGACCACCGUGAGCACCACUGCCGUCUCGUCAACAGUCGCCUCGACAACUGCGUCCACCCAAUCCACUGUUGCGAGCACAAUUGCCACUACGACAGCCACUGCCACGGCAACUGCCACGGCUACUGGUCCAGUGACAUCCACGACCGUGACAACGACUGUAUCCACUCAGUCCACAUCGGCCAGCACAUUUGCCAGUACUACGGCACAAGUCUCUGCAUCGUCCACCGUUGCGACUACAACCAUCUCAACACAGUCCACAACUGCCAGCACUGUCGCCAGUACGUCUAUGACCACUGCCACUGCAACCACUACAGCAACGAUGACAGUGUCCACGCAGUCCACAACUGCCAGCACUACAGUGUCGACAACUGGAAGGCCAACAUCUACCACUGUCUCCACGACCGUGACAACAACGGCAUCAACCACUGGCGCAGGAUCAACAAUCACUCAAACAACCUCGGCAACGACCACCAUCACUACCACUGCGACUGGAACUGCCAGCACAACUGUUUCAACCACAGUGUCAACUCAAUCAACCGUUGCCAGCACCACUGUUUCCACCUCGGCAACUGGUCCAGUGACGACUGCUUCGUCCACAUCAGCCACGACAACAGUGUCAACUCAAUCGACAGUUGCCAGCACAACAGUGACUACAACUGCCACACCAACAUCGACAACAUUCUCAACCACAGUAACUACAACAGCAUCCACUACGGGUGGAGCAUCAACUAUCACUCAGACAACAUCGGCUACAACGACAAUCACUACCACUGCUACAGGUACUGCCACUGCCACGGCCACUGCUACUGGUCCAGUGACAUCCACAACCGUUGCGACAACAGUGUCCACUCAAUCAACCACCGCCAGCACUGUUGCCAGUACCGUUGCUCAGGUUACUGCUACAUCGACUGUUGCCACGACCACAGUGUCCACUCAGUCCACGACUGCCAGCACCACAGUGUCAACCUCUGCAUCUGGUCCAGUGACGUCAACAUCUGCAACUACCACAGCCUCAACUCAGUCCACUGUCGCCAGCACGACUGUUACCACUACAGCCAGGCCAACCUCGACAACAGUAACUACGACAGUUUCAACAACUGCAACAACCACUGGAGCUGGAUCGACAAUCACUCAAACAACGUCAGCCACGACCACUAUCACUACCACUGCCUCUACAGGUCCGGUGACGUCCACGACAGUCACAACUACAGUGUCCACUCAAUCGACAACAGCUAGCACUGUUGCCAGCACAGUUGCCUCGACCAUUGCCACUGGUCCAAUCACAUCCACAGUCGCCACCACCACAGUGUCCACUCAGUCGACCACCGCCAGCACUGUCGCAUCGACCACCAGCAGACCAACAUCGACUGUUGCCACAACAACUGUCUCGACCCAGUCCACAACUGCCAGCACCACAGUGUCAACAUCGGUAUCUGGUCCAGUGACAUCCACUUCUGCAACCACGACUGUGUCCACUCAGUCCACUGUUGCUAGCACAACUGCGACCACUACUGGCAGGCCAACUUCCACCACUGCCACGACCACGGUGUCAACCACCGCGUCAACCACUGGAGGAGCGUCAACGAUCACUCAAACGACAUCUGCUACAACAACAAUCACAACAACCGCCACUGGUACUGCAACUGCAACCAGCCCUGUUACAACAACAGUGUCCACUCAGUCAACAGUUGCCUCGACAACUGCACAGGUCUCGGCAUCGUCCACUUCGGCCACAACCACAGUGUCCACUCAGUCCACAACAGCCAGCACGACUGUGACCACUACUGCCAGACCAACCUCAACAACUGUGACAACUACUGUUUCGACUACUGCAACAACCACUGGUGCAGGAUCAACAAUCACACAAACAACAUCGGCUACAACAACGAUCACUACCACAGCCACGGGCACUGCAACCACCACCGUGUCAACAACAGUAUCCACUCAAUCAACUGUUGCCAGCACAGUUGCCUCGACCACUGCUACUGGUACUGCUUCUGCCACUGGACCCAUCACUGUCGCCACCACCACUGUAUCCACUCAGUCGACCACCGCCAGCACUGUCGCAUCGACCACUAACAGACCAACAUCGACUGUUGCCACAACGACUGUCUCAACCCAGUCCACAGUUGCCAGCACCACCUUGUCUACAGGUCCAGUUACCUCAGCAACAGCUACAACUACCGUGUCCACCCAGUCCACUGUUGCUAGCACAACUGUUACUACCUCUGCAACUCCAACUUCAACAUCUGUGUCUACAACAGUUACCACCACGGCCUCAACAACUGGAGCUGGAUCAACGAUCACACAGACAACAUCAGUAACGACCACCAUCACAACCACUGCUACUGCUACUGGUCCAGUGACAUCCACAACAGUGACAACUACUGUCUCUACUCAAUCGACCUCUGCCAGCACAGUCGCGAGUACCAUUGCCCAGGUAACAGCUACAACAUCGGCCACAACUACAGUGUCGACGCAGUCAACCUCAGCCAGCACAACAGUGACCACCACCGCCAGACCCACAUCUACCACUGCCUCGACAACUGUGUCGACUACCGCCACAACAACUGGUGCUGGAUCAACGAUCACUCAGACAACAUCGGCCACGACCACCAUCACCACCACUGCUACCGGCACUGCAACUACCACCGUGUCCACAACAGUAUCAACUCAAUCAACUGUUGCCAGCACAAUUGCCUCGACCACUGCCACUGGUACUGCCUCUGCAACUGGUCCAAUCACUUCCACAGUUGCCACCACCACCGUGUCCACUCAGUCGACAACAGUCAGCACAGUUGCCUCAACGACAAACAGACCAACAUCGACCGUUGCCACAACAACUGUGUCCACCCAGUCAACUGUUGCGAGCACUACCGCGUCAACCUCGGCCACUGGUCCAUUGACGUCAACAUCGGCUACCACCACUGUGUCCACUCAGUCGACCUCAGCCAGCACAACUGUUACCACCACCGCCAGACCAACGUCAACCACUGCCUCGACAACAUACACAACUACCGUGUCAACAACUGGUGCUGGAUCGACGAUCACUCAGACAACCUCGGCCACAACGACAAUCACAACGACUGCUACAGGUACUGCCACAAGCCCUGUGACCUCGACAGUUGCAACAACAACCGUUUCAACUCAGUCCACAGUUGCCAGCACCACUGUGUCAACGACUGCUUCAGGUCAAGUGACCUCCACAUCAGCCACAACCACAGUGUCCACCCAGUCGACCUCAGCCAGCACAACAGUGAGCACAACCGCCAGACCAACAUCAACGACAGCCUCGACAACUGUGACCACCACUGCAACGACAACUGGUGCAGGAUCAACGAUCACUCAAACUACGUCGGCCACGACCACCAUCACAACAACUGCAACAGGCACCGCGACGGCAACUGGUCCAGUGACAUCCACAACAGUGACAACAACGGUCUCCACUCAAUCAACCACUGCCAGUACUGUUGCGAGUACAGUUGCCCAGGUAACAGCUACAACAUCGGCCACAACUACAGUGUCCACUCAGUCGACUGUCGCCAGCACCACUGUGACCACCUCCAGACCAACGUCAACCACUGCCUCGACAACAGUGACGACUACCGCCACAACAACUGGAGCGGGAUCAACAAUCACUCAGACCACAUCGGCCACGACCACCAUCACCACCACUGCCACUGGCAUUACCACAGUGACAACGACGGUAUCAACUCAAUCAACUGUUGCCAGCACUGUUGCUUCGACCACUGCCACUGGUACUGCCUCUGCAACUGGUCCAAUCACUUCGACCGUGGCUACUACUACUGUGUCCACUCAGUCGACCACAGCCAGCACAGUUGCCUCGACCACUAACAGACCAACAUCGACCGUUGCCACAACAACUGUGUCCACUCAAUCUACCACAGCCAGCACUACCGCAUCAACCUCGGCCACUGGUCCAUUGACAUCAACAUCGGCCACCACCACAGUGUCUACUCAGUCCACUGUUGCCAGCACAACUGUUACCACCACAGCCAGGCCCACGUCAACUACAGCAUCGACGACAUACACAACCACCGUGUCAACAACUGGUGCAGGAUCAACGAUCACACAGACAACAUCGGCCACAACGACUAUCACUACCACUGCUACAGGUACUGCCACAAGCCCUGUGACCUCGACUGUUGCAACAACAACAGUGUCCACUCAGUCCACAGUUGCCAGCACCACAGUGUCAACGACUGCCUCAGGUCAGGUGACUUCAACAUCAGCCACAACCACAGUGUCCACUCAGUCGACCUCAGCCAGCACAACAGUGACCACAACCGCCAGACCAACAUCAACAACAGCCUCGACUACUGUGACCACCACUGCAACGACAACUGGUUCAGCAUCAACGAUCACUCAGACAACAUCGGCCACGACCACCAUCACUACCACUGCAACAGGCACCGCAACUGCAACUGGUCCAGUGACAUCCACAACAGUGACAACAACGGUCUCCACCCAAUCAACCACUGCCAGCACUGUUGCCAGUACCAUUGCUCAAGUAACAGCCACUACAUCAGCUACAACAACAGUGUCCACUCAAUCAACAGUUGCAAGCACCUCUGUUACCACCACCGCCAGACCAACGUCCACAACAGCCUCGACAACAUACACCACUACGGUAUCAACCACUGGUGCUGGAUCGACAAUCACUCAGACAACAUCGGCCACUACCACCAUCACUACAACUGCAACUGGCACUGCCACUACAAUCGUGUCGACAACAGUAUCCACUCAAUCAACUGUUGCCAGCACUGUUGCCUCGACCACUGCCACUGGUACUGCCUCUGCAACUGGUCCAAUCACUUCAACCGUAGCGACUACCACCGUGUCCACUCAGUCGACCACAGCCAGCACUGUUGCCUCAACGACCAACAGACCAACUUCGACCGUUGCUACAACAACUGUGUCCACUCAAUCUACGACAGCCAGCACCUCAGUGAGCACAACAUCCAGACCCACAUCAACGACAGCCUCGACAACUGUGACCACCACUGCAACGACAACUGGUUCAGCAUCAACGAUCACUCAAACUACGUCGGCAACGACCACCAUCACGACAACUGCCACAGGCACCGCAACGGCAACUGGUCCAGUGACAUCCACAACAGUGACAACUACUGUCUCCACUCAAUCAACCACUGCCAGUACUGUUGCUAGUACAAUUGCCCAGGUAACAGCUACAACAUCGGCCACAACAACAGUGUCCACUCAGUCAACUGUUGCAAGCACCACUGUGACCACCACCUCCAGACCAACGUCCACCACUGCCUCGACAACAUACACAACUACCGUGUCAACAACUGGUGCAGGAUCGACAAUCACUCAGACCACAUCGGCCACGACCACCAUCACCACCACUGCCACUGGCUCUACCACAGUGACAACGACGGUAUCAACUCAAUCAACUGUUGCCAGCACUGUUGCCUCGACCACUGCCUCUGCUACAGGUCCAAUCACGUCCACAGUUGCCACCACCACUGUUUCCACUCAGUCGACCACUGCCAGCACUGUUGCCUCAACGACAAACAGACCAACAUCGACCGUUGCCACAACAACUGUGUCCACAGCCAGCACUACCGCAUCAACCUCGGCCACUGGUCCAUUGACGUCAACAUCGGCCACCACCACUGUGUCCACUCAGUCCACUGUUGCCAGCACAACUGUUACCACCACUGCCAGACCAACUUCAACUACAGCCUCGACAACUUACACCACCACUGUAUCAACAACUGGUGCAGGAUCAACGAUCACCCAGACAACUUCAGCGACGACCACCAUCACUACAACUGCCACGUCUACUGCUCCAGUGACAACAACAGUGACAACCACGGUCUCCACGCAAUCAACCACCGCCAGCACUGUUGCGAGUACAGUUGCCCAAGUAACUGCCACAACAACAGUGUCCACUCAGUCGACCACUGCCAGCACCACCGUGACCAUUACCGGCAUGCCAACGACUGCCUCGACAACAGUGACAACCACGGCUACAACAACUGAUGCAGCAUCAACCAUUACACAAACAACAUCGGCAUCAACCACAAUCUCAACAAUUGCAACAAGUCCAGUGACAUCGACAACAGUGUCAACUCAAUCUACCACUGCCACCACGACUGCCUCCACUACCACCAUCCCAACAACCACCGCUACGACAACUUCCUCGACAACAGUGACAACCACGGCCACAACGACUGGUGCUGGAUCAACGAUCACUCAAACAACAACUGUAACGACCACGAUCACAUCGACAACAGCUACCACAACCAUGUCCACUCAGUCAACAACUGCCAGCACUGUUGCAUCUACAACAGCAACCACAGCCGUAUCCACUCAGUCUACCACAGCCAGUACCUCAGCAUUGACCUCGACAUCGGCUACCACAUCGGUGUCCACUCAGUCAACUGUUGCCAGCACGACUGUCUCCACAACCAACAGUCCCACUUCAACCACUGCCACAACGACUGUGUCAACAACUGGUGCAGGAUCGACAAUUACUCAGACAACCACAGUCACGACCACGGCCUCGACAACUGUCACGUCCACAGCAUCAACGACCAUGACCACUACGGCAUCAACAACUGGUGAAGGAUCAACGAUCACUCAGACCACAACGGCCACAACCACUGUCUCUACCACUGCCACGGGCAUCAGCACUGACAUACUCACCUCCACAUCAGUGACAACUACAGUGUCCACUCAAUCGACCACUGUCAGCACUACAGCGAGCACCGGAUCACAGGCCACUGCAUCAACCUCUGCCACAACAACCAUAUCCACUCAGUCCACAACCGCUAGCACGACUGUUACCACUACUGUCAGCCCAACUACCACUGCCUCGACAACCACCACUGCCUCAACCACAAUGACUACAACUGGUGAAGGAUCAACGAUCACACAGACCACAACGGCAACGACAGCUAGCACGUCUUCCAAACCAGGACCAACGACGACCACGGCCUCGACCACUAUGACAACCACGGUCUCGACGACUGGUGCCGGAUCAACGAUCACUCAGACCACAACGGCCACCACCACUGCCAGCACAACGUUCACUCCGCCCACGACCUCCACUCAUGUGCCUACGUCCACGACUGCUACUACAACAAUGACCACCACGGCCAGCACCACUGGCGGAGAAGGAUCCACGAUCACUCAGACCACAACGGUAUCAACCACUGCUAGCACGACCUCCACUCCAACGACUGAUCAAACCACAACAGACAUUUCAACGUUGGUCAUCACAACGACCACAAGUGAUGUGACAACAUCCCAUAUGACAUCAACCCCCACCACUGGCCCUGUAACAACGUCCAUCGUUACCACUGUCAACCCAACGCCCAGGUACACAGCAUCUGGCCGAGCAUGGGAUGCCACGGGCAGCCAAGACAUGUUGAUGGAUCCUAAGAAGCCACUUGGCAACAUCGUGUUGACUAUCUUUGACGAGGCCGGAUUGAACUAUGGCUCACAUACCACCGAUGUCAACGGAUUCUACUUCUUCAAGGAUCUCUCUGCAGGCCCAUACUGCAUCGUCGCCAGCUCAGCCGACAACACCUACACCAAUGCACCAUUCCUUGGUGACAACAAGUUCCAAAAUGGUCGAGUCUGCUUCAAGGUAGGUCCAAACAGCAUUGAAGACCUCGACGUUGCUAUGAUCAAGGCUGGUACCUACUACGUACAAGGAUUUAUCUGGGAUGACUCGGAGAAGAACGAGGGUAUUUUGGACGCCAGCAAGUUGUUCAGUGGUGCCCUGAUGAUUUUGAAGGAUGCCCAGGACAAGGAGGUUGGCCGUCAGAGUCCUAAAUCUGGAAAGUACAUAUUCAAUGGACUGACUGCUGGUCAAUACUGUAUUGAGGGUUCCGACCCCACCGGUGUCUUCGCUCCAGGUAUCUUCAAGAAUGACAACGAGUUCAACCACGGCAGAUUCUGCUUCAAUGCAGUCCCAAGCAAGACCAAUGGACACUUUGCAUUGGUCAAGCGUGAGGUCUUCACAAUUGCUGGUUUUAUCUGGGAUGAUACCAAAGAUAAGAAGGGAAUAUUGGACAUGAACAAUCUGCUCAUUGGUGCCACCAUGAAGUUGUUUGAUAACAAAGGCAAUCAGCUCGAUACCGUUGAGGACGCCCAAGGCUCAUAUAUGUUCACCGGACUCUACGCUGGUUAUUACUGUGUCAUUGGCCACUUCCCCAAUGGCAACUACGGCCCUGGCAAGUUCCAGAACGACAACGUAUUCACAGAUGGCAAGUACUGCGUCACACUCGGUCCAAGCAACAACAACGCCCACUUUGCCAUGGAGUUGUUCAAGAGGACAUUCGAUGUCUCUGGUUAUAUUUGGGACGACACUGCUGACAACAAGGGCAUUCUUGACAUGAACAAGUUGCUGGACGGAGUGAGAGUCGAUCUGGUCGACGAACAAGUCGUUGAUAUUGUUGCUCGUUCGGACACCAAAACCUUUGGAAGCUACUCAUUCAAGGGUCUGGUGCCGGGCAGCUAUUGUGCUCGCGCAUACUAUCCUGAUGGAUCCUACAUUCCAGGCGCCAAACAAAACGACAACGUCUUCAACUCCAAAGGACAAUAUUGUUUCAAUGUCGGUCCAGACAUUGUCAAUGCUCAUUUGGCUAUGAUCGUUAGACCAACUUAUGAAGUGUCAGGAAUAAUAUGGGACGACACACUGCGCAAGCAAGGCAUCUUGGAUGAGUCUGCCAAGUUGGACGGUGUCAAACUGCAACUAUUUGAUUCUUCUGAGCUAAGCAACAUUGUCCGAACCAUCGACUAUGCCGAGGGAGGCUACAAGUUCACUGGCCUCAUCGAUGGCGACUACUGUAUCGUCGCGUCAAUGCCAGGCGAUCGCUUCAAGCCCCUUCCCAAGAAGGGCGACAACGUCUUUGACGAUGGCAAGUUCUGUUUCGUGGUCGGACCAUCCAUCACCAAUGCACAUCUGGCCAUGGAAAGGACAUCGUUCAAUGUCCGCGGUUUCAUUUGGGACGACUCCGAGACCAAUGUUGGUAUCUUGGACAGGAGCAGGCCACUGGGAGGCAUCACCAUGGAUCUCAUCAGCAGCCUUGGCAACGUCAUCACGUCACAGAGUGGCCUAAGUGGUGACUAUGCAUUCGACAACAUCAAGCCAGGCCUCUACUGUCUCAAGGGAUCUCGCCCAGAUGGUACAUACCAAUAUGGUCGCUUCAUGAACGACAACAAGUUCAACAGGGGCGAGUACUGCUUCACAGUCGGACCAGACAUUGACGACGCCCACUACGCCGGCGUCAAGAUCUUCAAGCUCACUGUCGACUCUUGGGAUGACACCGCUGAUAACCUGGGUGUCUACAACGAGGCCAAGAGAAUGAUUGGAACCAAGUUUAACAUUAGAGAUGGUGAAGGAAACUCAGUACAGAGCUCAUCACCUCCCACCGGCCUCCUUGAGAUCAAUCUCGUACAGGGCAGGUACUGUAUCACAGCAUCCACCCCAGACGGUCGCUACUCCUAUUCCAAGGUCAGGAACGAGAAUGACUUUGACGACUCUGGCAAGUUCUGCUUCGAUCUUAACAAGGACACUAGAGCCAAGGCUGCAUUCGUCAGAACCAAGUUUGAUGUUUCGGGAUUCACUUGGGAUGACUCGGCCAACAACUUGGGCAACUUGGACAGGAGCAAGCCUCUGGGAGGCGUCCGCAUGGAGCUCACAAACAAUGGAGGCAACACAUUCACUCAGACCUUGAACAAUGUCAAGGGAGACUACAAAUUCACUAAGGUCCCCGCCGGCGACUACUGUCUCACUGCAUCCAUCCCCGACGGCUCCUACCAACCGGGCAAGUUCGCCAACGACAACAAGUUUAACAAGGGCAAAUACUGCUUCACUGUUGGUCCCGAUAGCGUCACCAAUGCAAACUUUGGCGGUGUCAAGGUAUUCACAAUCCAGUUCAAUGCAUGGGAUGACACUGAGAACAAGGAUGGAUACUACAGAGUUGAGAGGAAUCUGGACAAUGUCUACGUCGAUCUGAAGACCUCUGCUGGCAACCUGGUUGCCAGACAAAUUACCUUAAGGAAUGGCACCACCUUCACUGCGCCACAAGGUAGCUACUGUUUGCAAGCGACCCACGCAGAUUUCAUUCCAUUAAGUGUCCGUGCGCAUGACAACGUCUUUGACAGCUCUGGAAGGUACUGCUUCACUCUCGACCGCAACAUCGAACCAAAGGCCGCAUUCAUCAAGUCCAAGUUCACCAUUGCUGGUUUCUGUUGGGAUGAUUCGUUGAAGGACGAAGGAUUCCUAAACAAGUCCAGACCUCUGGGUGGAAUGACAAUCAAUCUCUUUGACGUCAACUACAAGUUGAUCAAGACACUAAAUGAUGUGAGUGGAGAAUACGCCUUCACAGGUCUUCCAGCUAGCCAGUACUGUGUUGAGGCCUACCGCGAAGAUGGAACUUACAUCCCAGGACGCCACAGAAAUGAUAUGAGUUUCCUCGAGAAACAGCAUUGUGUUAGCCUUGGAUUCCCAGACGAUGUUCUUGAUGCUCACUAUGCUGGUCUCAAGAAGCUCAGGGUCACAAUGAAUGUUUGGAACGACACUAUUGACAAUCAAGGCAUAUAUGACAGCAAGUUGCUAAUGUCUGGUGCCAAGGUCGAGUUGACGAAUGAUCAAAACAUAUUGAUUGACAGCUACAUCACUACCGGCAAACCAAUCAUCUACACGCUCGGUGCUGGUGGUUUGUACUGCUUCAAUAUCACAUACCCAUACGUCGACUAUCCAGACUACGUCCCAUCCACCAAAGGAAACGACAACAUCAUUGACAAUACUGGAAAGUAUUGUUUCCGCGCUACUCAAGACGUUGACCUUCAUGCCGCAUUCGUCGUUGCUCCUAGAUACAUGGUGCGAGGCACUAUCUGGGAUGAUACCAAAGACAACUUGGGUAUACUUGACAAGUCGAGAGUGUUGUCCGGUGUACGUAUGAUUCUCAAGGACAGGAGAGGCAGAGACCUGUUGACAUUGGACACGACUGGUGGAGAGUACUACUACUUCCGCGAUCUGCGUGCUGGUCAAUACUGUAUCCUCGGUACAAAGAUUGGUGGCGGCUACUGGCCAUCAGAGACCAGGACUGACAACAAGUAUGACACCAAUGGUUACUACUGCUUCGAGAUCACCUCUGAUAUUCUGGACGCCAACUAUGGUUUCAUCAAGAGAUGGAGAGUCCAGGGAUCGGUCUGGGAUGACACAGCCGCAAGACAAGGAAAGAUGGACUACUCCAAGCUACUCGUGGGCGGCACGGUCACUCAGACGUCCCCCGCAGGCACCUCAUCAAAGGAGGUCAUCCACUCGUACUACUUCUACUUUGAUGGCGACCACCCCAACGUCUGUCUAACAAUCUCACAACCAGGCUACUCACCACUGGGCAUUAUCCAGAAUGACAAUGCCUAUGACAGCAAUGGCAAGGUUUGCUACAAUGUCGACAAGGAUUAUCUUGGUGCUGGUGCAGCGAUGAUAAAGAAAUAA